UUGGUGUGACAGAGGAAGUUACAGAGGACAGAGUGAGAUGGAAACGAUUGAUCUGCUUGGCGACCCCUAACGGGAGCAUCUGAAAGAGGAAGAAGAACUGCUCAUCUGCCUGCUCUCUGCAUUGGGGUUGACAGUCUGAUCCAUGACAGUUUGAAUGUUGUGGACUUCAGAAGUCAUAUGUAGAUAACUUUCAUUUCAUUUGAAUUUAUUUCAUACAGUGCCAACUCUCAACGUAUGGUUUCUCAAAGUGUUACACAUGACCAAGGUCCUGACCUUACCAACCCCAUGAACUGGCACAGUGGCAAUAGUGUGGCCAGGGAUCAUUCAGUUGGUGGUUUAUAUUCGGGAUGUGAGCCAAUGGGACUGUUCUGGGGAAUGCAACCAGUUCCCGGGAAAAAGGAAGGUUUAAGGCUUAGGAAAGAAAAUGUGGAGACUCCGUACAUCGUGCACAUAUCCUUAAUGGACGGCCAUGUGACACCCAGUGAGCAUCAGAGUAACGAGCUGGCUGCCACCAUUGUUGAACGUUGGUACAUGGCACCAGGCAUAAAAAGAAUCGUUAUCCGAGAGAAUGGAAUCAUAGGGACGUUAUUCUUACCCUCUGGCCCGGGCCCGUUCCCAGCCAUGCUGGACCUGUGGGGUAUGGGUGGAGGACUUAUGGAGUACCGAGCCGCUCUCUUAGCAUCCAGGGGCUAUGCAAGUUUUGCACUUGCUUAUUUUAAGUAUGAAGGAUUACCUGGUCCACCUGACCGCAUCAACGUUGGUGAUGCCUAUUUCAAGUCAGCUUUCCAGCUGCUUCAAAAUCAUCAGCAGGUCUGUCCUGAGCGUGUUGGGAUCAUCGGUCUCUCCUUUGGAGUCUACCUCACUGUAUGGAUUGCCAUUAAAUCUGGUCUCAAACCGUCCUGUUUAAUUUGUGUCAACGGACCAGUGGGAAGUACAGUCAGUCUCAGAGAUGCAGCCGGCAGAACCGAUAGCUUUGAAAGUGACCAAAGAUUUUGGAAAUUUGACGAUCAGGGCUACGUUAUUUUCAAAGAUGUCUCCUUGCCUGUUGCCUGUUUUCCCCCCGAGCGCACAUUAAAGUUAGAGAACAUUGACUGCCCAUUAAUGUACAUAGAGAGUGAAGAUGACCUCAGUUGUAACACCACAGAAAGUGCAAAUGUGAUUGAAGAGGCCCUUCGGGCUGCAGGCAAAUCACACCUGUACAGCCGUGUGACGUAUCCUGGGGCUGGUCAUCUGCUUGAGCCGCCUUACACGCCCAAUGCAAGAAUCUCGCUGUGGAGCAUCAAACCAAAAAAAUUCUUCGCUGUGUGGGGAGGCUACCCUGCACCGCACGCCGCUGCCCAAGAAGACUCAUGGAAGAGGAUACUAGGUUUUUUGGAAAGUAAUCUAAGAGGAGGUGGUGAAAUAAAUUCUGCCUCUGGGAUGAAAACCACAAAGUGACUGUGAAAUAAGGACAAUAAAGUAGUCUCAGCAGCAGUUUCAAACUGUAAGUGUACUCAAUCUACACUGGUCAGUCCAUCAGUGAGCAGCUUAGGAACAGCUGGUACAGCUCUUUGUUUUGCUCUACUAUUUUUAAAUGACCAGUGUAAUUUUGUUCUUUGAUGCCUUUUAAUCUUUUGUUUUUCUUAUCAUUGAUUAUUUGAGCCUUAUUAAAAUAUGUUGAAAGUUCCCAAAAGCUGCCUGGUUAUUUGUCCUUCAUUAUUAUGUAGUUGAAAUCCUUGUAGACCAGGAGUCGACAACCUUUACUGUCAAAAGAGCCAUUUUUACUGUUUCCCACAAAAUAAAAUUUGUUUGGAGGUGCAAAACAUAUUUCAAAUAAAUAGCAGAUUCCGGUUUCUAUAUUUUUUAACAUACAAGGAUUUUUGGUUGGUUGAGUUUUGUUUUGUUUUGUUUUGUUUUUUUACAAGCCGAAAUUAGAAAAAGUUGACACAAUAUGGAAAAUGUGAGAAAAUAUUCUGCAGCGAUACGAACAUUUACUUUGUAUCUAGUGUAGACAGCAAUGCACUUGAUAACCUUGAAUUUCAAUUUUAU